AUGCAUCAAUCUUCGGCUCUCCGUGUACCAGGUGUCGACAAGACGGUCGCAGGAGAUGUAUUCUUCUCAAUAAGAAUUCUAAUCAGUGAGGCCGUGAUCGUAAAAUUCACAUUAAGCAUCCAUAUACUGACCUUUAUCAGGUCCCCGGGGUCGGAAACCCCGGUGCCGUCGACGCACCAAAGCUCAAGGUCAAACAAUGUGAUCACUGGCCGGCACUCUGACGACCUGCGCCAGUCAAAUAAUCAUCCAAAUUUUCCCUCCCCUCUCCGCGAACAUAGUCUCAGUCCAGAUGACUGUAGCACGAGUUCAUUCCAAUCCUCCAAUCUUCCGUAUACCGCAUACGCCUUCGUCAAGUCGCAACAAUUGCUGUCGCUUCCUUCCAAAGAUAUAGAAUUUCUCACAUCCAGCGGCUGCUUGAGCUUGCCUCCAUCCGAUGCAAUUGACGAGUUUGUUCAACAGUACUUCAAGCGCGUUCACCCAUUGCUGCCUGUGUUGGACGAGGCUGAGUUCUGGCGCAUGUAUCUGAACAGCCAAUCAACCGGCCCCAAAAUAUCUCUUUUUGUGUUACAAUCGUUGCUUUUCGCAAGCUGCCAGGUCAGUUUCAAGUGA